AUGGACGACCAGGCAGAAUGGCAGACCGUCUCCCACGCGAGGAAGAAGCCCAAGAAGAUGCCUCGCCCGGGCAAGGGAGGAUACCCGGCCCUGACCUUCUCUUCCAGCGCACGGCUGCAGUCCAUGCUGAACCUCAACGGCCUGCGCGACAUCAUCACCUACAUUUUCGCCGACGGUACCGCCCCCCAUUGGAUUAACGUCAUGCACCGGCCGCAGUUCAGGAAGAUUGUGACCAUCAUGCAGGGCGUCGACUACGCUACCUUCAACGAGCUGAGGGAUGCGUAUGUGGAUGGCGAAGAAGACGGAAGCACCUUUUCGUCCGGCUCCCCAGAUGACUACUAUCCUCGAAAGCUGGACAAGGACGCUCUGCCGGAGCCGCUGAAGCCGUUUGCCGACAUGUUCCCCCACCUGUGGCCUGUCAAGACGCCCGGCGACGAAAAGCACGGGAAGCUCAACUCCCCGCUGGCCACCUUCCUCACCGCGCCGCCUCCGAAGGAGAAGACGUCCCAAAAGGGAGGCGUCAAGCCCGCGAGGGAGCCCCAGGGAUGGAAGAAUGAGCGGACGCGCAUCACCGAGUUUCUGGCCUCUGCCGAGGAGCUGACGGAGAACGGCUAUCUGAUCCACCCGGCUCUUCUUCCUGAAGGAGAACGACGAGACGAGUUUGUCGCCCCAGAGGGAUGGGUCAUCACCAGAGUGGACAAGCUCGAGGACGGCGACGUGCCCGAGUCCGAAGUCGAACAGGGCAGCAUCACCGCUGGCCGAGAGGUCCUGGCGCUGGACUGCGAAAUGUGCAUGACCGGCGAGAGCGAGUUCUCCCUGACCCGCAUCAGCUUAGUCGACUGGGACGGAAACGUGGUGCUGGACGAACUCGUGAAACCCGACAAGCCCAUCAUCGACUACGUCACGCGGUUUUCCGGUAUCACAGAGGAGAUGCUGGCACCCGUGACGACCACCCUCCGCGACAUCCAGAAGAAACUCCUUGAACUCCUCACUCCACGCACCAUCCUCGUUGGCCACUCCCUGGAAUCCGACACCAAGGCCAUCCAGCUCGCCCACCCCUUCAUCAUCGACACCUCCAUCAUAUACCCCCAUCCCCGCGGCACCCCGCUCAAGUCGUCCCUGAAAUGGCUCGCCCAAAAGUAUCUCUCCCGCGAGAUCCAGAAGGGCGGCGCUCUGGGCCACAAUAGCAUCGAGGACGCCAAGACCUGCCUCGACCUGGUCAAGCAAAAGUGCGAAAAGGGCAAGCUCUGGGGCGCGUCGGACUCGCAGGGAGAGAACCUGUUCCGCAGGCUGGCCCGCGCCGGCACGGCGUACAAGGCGCAAGGCGGGGACGCGGCCCUCGGCGGCAUCGAGGUCGGCAAGACGAGCGCCGCCGUCGACUGGGGUGACCCGUCCAAGGGUCUCGGGGCGGGAGCAACGCACCAGCUGGGCUGCAAGUCCGACGAGGAGGUGACAGCCAACAUCAUCCGCGCCGUCAACGGCGACGAGGACGGGUCCGUCAUCAGGGCCGGCGGCGUGGACUUUGUCUGGGGCCGCAUGCGCGAGCUGGAAGCCCUCCAGGGAUGGUGGAACAAGAACAUGCCCGACAUGGACGUGGACUCCCUGCUGGAGCCCGGCUCCGCCGACUUGCCGUCGUCUUCUCCCCUGGAGCAGGCGCUCUCCCGCCUGACGGAGCGGCUCGUCCGCAUCCACGCCGCCCUCCCGCCCUGCACGGCCUUCAUCGUCUACAGCGGCUCCGGCGACCCGCGCAGGAUGGCCCAGCUGCAGCAGAUGCAUGCCCAGUGGCGCAGGGAGUACAACACCCCCGGCAAGAAGUGGGACGAGCUGAGCGUCAAGUGGACGGACGUGGAGGAGCAGGCGCUCAAGCGGGCCGUCAAGAAGGCGAGGGCGGGCGUCGGCUUCCUGGGCGUGAAAUAG